AUGGAAAUCCUUGCACUUUCUGUAUCCGGGCUCAAUGUUUCAUACACAAACAAAAAUGUAUCAGCCAAAUGGGGUGUGGAAUUGGUGGUGCAAAACCCAAACCUAUUCUCAACAUUGUAUUUGGAUCACAUGGUUGGUAUGGUGCUAUAUAAAGAAGAGGUUAUUGGGGUGAGUUCCUUGGAGAAAAAGUUAAUUGCUUUGGGACCAAUGGAACAUAAAUUUGUUAGCUUUAAAGUGUGGAAGAAGGAUUGGGAUAUAGAUGAUGAGGAUCAACCAAAGGUGAAGGAGUGGGUUGUGGAAAAUAUCAUGAUGGACAAACAUAAAGAGAAGAUUAAUUUCAGUGUGCAAAUGGGUGUAUGGGGUAAAAUUAAAUCUAGUUGGUGGUCUUCAAAGAGUGUUAUCAUGAAUCCUAGGUGCAUGGAUUUGACUAUUAACUUUGUCCCUAUGAGGGGUUUUGGAAUGUUGUUAGAUGAAGAGCCAAUAAGAUGUUAUGUUCCUAUGUUGGAUAAUUAG